AGUGUUGCUGUUUCGCCAAGAUACAGACGGUUAACGCAGUUUAUGUGGAGAUUACUAUUCACUUCUCUUUUGUCAGUAUGGACCAGGAUAGUGGUCAGAAACUAGAACCUGCAACAAGAGAGAAGCUGAGAAAACUGAACUCUCUGCGCGGUCGGGAGGUGCAGGCUGGGGAGUUCUGGGAUGUGGUGGUCGUGACUGCCGUGGAUGUCAGCCAGAGAGAGGCGUAUGAGCUGCAGAUCAGAGAGAAGCUGCGCAGGAAGGAGCUUCCCCUCGGUGUGCACUACACUGUCCUGUCUGACCCUCCUGGACCCAAAAUCGGAAAUGGGGGGUCCACUCUGUACGCACUGCAGCAUCUGAGUGACACCUUUGGAAAGAAGCUGAGUAAACUCAGAGUCAUCCUGAUCCAUGCAGAUGAGUGGAAGAAGAAGGUGGGAGAGUCGUACUCUGUGAUCAUUGAGAAACUGGAGGAUGACUUCCAGCUUAAGGACCGUGAGCUGGUGGAUCUCAAACUGGCUUUCAGCUCAGAUGAGGCUUUUCAGAAGGUGAACUUGUGCUACCGCACAGAGAAGGGGCUGUCGCUGCUGCAUCUCUGCUGUGUGUGUGGAGGAAACAAAGGCCAUUUAGGUACUUUGAUGCUGAAAGGCCUACGGCCGUCCAGACUGACGAGAAAUGGGUUCACUGCCCUCCACCUGGCUGCUUACAAGGACAAUGCUGAGUUGGUGACAACACUCCUUCACGGAGGGUCGGAUGUGCAGCAGGUGGGAUACGGGGCCCUCACGGCCCUGCAUGUUGCCACGCUGGCUGGGCAUCAUGAGACUGCAGACAUCCUCCUACAGCAUGGAGCUAAUGUCAACGUUCAGGAUGCUGUGUUUUUCACUCCGCUGCAUAUUGCUGCCUACAACGGCCAUGAGCAGGUGGCAAAGCUGCUGCUAAAGUUUGGGGCCGAUGUGAAUAUCAGUGGUGAAGUGGGUGACCGGCCUCUGCACCUGGCUGCAGCCAAAGGGUUUCUCAGUAUAAUCAAGCUGCUGAUGGGCGAGGGGAGCAAAGUUAAUGUGAAUGCGCAAGACAACGAAGACCACGUUCCUCUCCACUUCUGCGCCCGUUUCGGUCACCAGGAGAUUGUUCGUUUCCUCCUGCAGGGAAAUUUUGACUUACAACCACACUCUGUCAACAUCUACGGGGACACGCCUUUACACCUGGCCUGUUACAAUGGCAAGUUCGCAGCAGUGAAGGAGCUGAUCCAGUUUUCUGGCACAGAGAGUCUUUCGAAGGAGAACAUAUUCAGUGAAACAGCACUUCACAGUGCAUGCACGUACGGUAAAGACUUGGAAAUGGUUAAAUUCCUACUGGGCCAGAACGCCAUGAACAUCAACCAUCAAGGCAGAGAUGGACACACAGCUUUGCACAGUGCCUGCUUUCACGGUCACAUCCGUCUAGUGCAGUUCUUGCUGGAUAGCGGGGCUGACAUGAACCUUGUCGCUUGCGACCCGAGCCGGUCCAGUGGCGAGAAAGACGAGCAGACAUGUCUGAUGUGGGCGUAUGAAAAAGGUCACGAUGCCAUUGUCACAUUACUAAAACACUACAAGCGUCCGGACGACUCUCCUUGCAAUGAAUACUCCCAGCCAGGAGGGGAUGGAUCCUAUGUUUCUGUGCCAUCUCCUCUCGGAAAGAUCAAAAGCAUGACCAAAGAGAAAGCCGAGGUCCUUGUGCUCAGGGCAAGCCUUCCAUCUCAGUUCCAUCUGCAGCUGUCUGAGCUGGAAUUUAAUGAAAUUAUUGGAUCGGGCUCCUUUGGAAGAGUUUACAAAGGCAAAUGCAGGAACAAAAUUGUUGCCAUAAAACGCUAUCGAGCCAACACAUACUGCUCAAAGUCAGAUGUGGAUAUGUUCUGCAGAGAGGUUUCCAUCCUCUGCAGACUCAAUCAUCCCUGCAUCAUCCAGUUUGUGGGAGCGUGUCUGGAUGACCCCAGUCAGUUUGCCAUCGUCACCCAGUACGUUUCAGGAGGCUCGCUGUUCUCGCUGCUGCACGAGCAGAAGAGGCUCAUCGACCUGCAGUCCAAGCUCAUCAUUGCCAUCGAUGUGGCCAAGGGCAUGGAGUACCUGCACAACCUCACCCAGCCUAUCAUCCACAGGGACCUCAACAGUCACAAUAUUCUGCUCUAUGAGGAUGGACAUGCAGUGGUGGCUGAUUUUGGAGAAUCCAGGUUUCUACAAUCUGUGGAUGAAGAUAACAUGACCAAACAGCCAGGGAACCUGCGCUGGAGCCCAGAGGUGUUCACGCAGUGCACCCGCUACUCUGUCAAGGCAGACAUGUUCAGCUACGCUCUCUGUCUGUGGGAACUGCUCACAGGAGAAAUCCCCUUCGCCCACCUGAAACCCGCUGCUGCAGCUGCAGACAUGGCUUAUCAUCGUCGGCCUCCUAUUGGCUACUCCAUCCCAAACCCUCUCUGCACUCUGAUGAGAGGCUGGACUACCUGCCCAGAGGACAGACCUGAAUUCUCUGAAGUUGUUUCCAACUUGGAGGAAUGCCUGUGCAAUGUUGAGCUGAUGUCUCCAGCCUCCAGUAACAGCAGUGGCUCCCUGUCGCCCUCCUCCUCGUCUGACUGCCUGCUGGGGCGAGGAGGGCCCGGCCGGAGCCACGUGGCCGCCCUGCGCUCCCGUUUUGAGCUUGAGUACGCCCUCAACACUCGGGCCUACGCCAUCUGGAGUCAGAGUGAACGGCGUCGAGCAUCUGGUGGCCUUUCACUGGAGGAACUGAGGAGAAACAUGCAGUUGUCUCCCAUUGAUCGAAACGGAUACGUCUCUGAUCCCAUGAGCACCAUGAGAUUCUGCUCUUCCCUCAGCAGCAGCGGCAGCUUUGAAGACAGUAACUGAUCGAGCCAACUCUCACCCCCAAGUCCACAUUAACCCAGAUGUUUGAAC